GCUCGGGAAUGGGCUCCACGAAUCGUGUUUACUGUAUAAUCCCCUCGGUGACGCAUUAGGCGUGUCUUCAGGUAAUAUGCUCCUACUGUAGUCUUGGGUCAAAUUCGGCGACAAUCUCCGUCUCUGAUUCCCUAGCAACGCGUCAAGUUGCGGCACAUACGGCAAUCAAAGGAACGACUUUCGAAUUUCCUUUUGGAGAUAAGCCUUUGUUUCUCUGAACAGCUCCAACGGACCCUGUUUGUUAUUUGCACCGUACCAUUACUAUCGACCACUUCGUAUGUCAGUCUACCGUGCUUCUCCUUCUACGGCUACUCGACAUCACGCACCCCAGAGCCGUGUUUCAGAUCGAAUACAGCACUUGCCUUCACAUUCUCCCUCUCAUGCGUCUUUCAAGGGUCCUCCAGCAGUAAUUUCGGGGAGCAAAGUGGGGAGCUUUGUUCCGCCAGCACCCUCAGCUGCACCUUCCCAUCAUUCUUCGUCCCGUUCUCGUGCCUUCGCGCCGCCUUCGCAUGUAUCGAGCGCCGCAUAUCGGCACAGCUCUGCUGGAUGGUCGAUGGCACCCAGUACGGUUCUCCCCAGUGAUAGCGCGUCACAGGUUGGGGGAAGCGUCAUAGGUUCUCCUCCAAUUGUUCCUACUCCAUCUGUCCAUCACUCGUCGUCACAUAUCUCUCGGUCUUUGUCACACAGCGUGUCGGCGUCGCCCGCUGUUGUCCCUGCGCCUAUACCGAGCCACGUGUCGAGACACGUUCCCUCCGUAGCGCCCAGCCAUUCUUCAUCGCAUUCACGCGCCCUGUCAGCCCCCAGCUCUUCCAAUAACUCGAAGGGCUCAGGAUACAGCGUUAUCCAUGCCAAACCUAGCCAGAUGGUUAUUGUCCCUCUCGCUCACGGAGGGUGUGUCAUUGUUCCUCCGAAGGGGAAACGGGUUACGGUUAGCAAGGUAUGGAAUUUUUUCCCCUUCUUUUCCCAUGGGGUGCUAGAGCUUAUUACAGUGAUCCCCGCAGGUUUACGGCCGUUGAUAUGGGGAAGUCGUUCAGCAUCUUAAU